CAAGCACGUCCAGGACCAUGCCAAUGGUGUUUCAAUGCUGCAUUAGCUGCACUAGAGAUCACAUCUGGAGCCCAUUCAUCUGUCCUCUCACGUCUUGUAGUGGCGCCAGGUGUGCAUUCUCAGGAGGUUCUGAUUGUAGUCUCCAGUGUAGAGGUGGAAAGACAACAAGAGUGAAUAGAGCAGAAAAAUGGCGUCGGCGGCUUGUCGCUUGCCCCACUGUGGGGGCCUGGCCAUGUGCGAUUUAGCUCCUCAGUUCAAAGCUCGGCCCGGCGCUAAGCAGGGACGUGUCUGCUGCAGACUCAAUGCAGUGACGUUCAGAUCACCACUGCUUCGGGAGUUUACCUCCUUCACUUCCUCAGACAUACUCAAUGCAGACAAGGUGGAAUCAAAAAGGUCAAGACAACCAUACAACGGUGGUAGGGCAGACAGUAAAGUGCGUGCGGCAGCAGGAGGUGAGGAGGGGGUCGCGGCCAAGACCGCGGAUAAAACACAACUGCUGAACUCUCUCAAAGAAGCCAUCGAGACGAAAGACUCGGAGCUUGUGAAAGGGGCCAUAGAGGGCCUGAAGGAAGCCGGCUAUGCAAGCCUCUGGAACAGCACACCAAACCUCGCUCGCAGGACUGUGUAUACACGGGAGCUGGCCACCAUGGGGAUCAAGAAUCCAGAGGCUUUGGCCAUCCCGACGUCCCAAAAUGACCUUGCCUUCCUCGUAACGGUGGUCGGAGUCACUUCCGUCGUAGCCGUAGCUGCCGGCUUCCUUCCCGGAGACUGGGGCUUCUUUGUCCCGUACCUAGUUGGCGGCAUCUCCCUAGCCGUCCUUGCGGUCGGCAGUGUGGCACCCGGGCUUCUCCAAGUAGCCACCAGCCAGUUCGGGCAGCUUUUCCCCAACAACAGAGAGCGCGUUGCAAAGCACGAGGCUGCGCAUUUCCUGGUUGCUUACAUGUUGGGCAUCCCUAUCACGGGCUACUCUUUGGACAUUGGUCGGGAGCAUACGAACCUGGUUGACUUCAAGCUGCAGAAGCGGCUCCUCGAAGGUCUCCUGAACGUGUCGGAGCUGGAAAGGUUAUCGGUAGUGGCGAUGGCGGGCCUCGCCGCUGAGGGCCUCAACUUCGACAAGGUGGAGGGGCAGACGGCGGACUUGAUGACGCUGCAGCGGCUGAUCAACCGGACCAAGCCGAAGCUGAGCAACAACGAGCAGCAGAACCUGACGCGAUGGGCGACGUACUAUGCGGCUUCAGUUAUCAAGAAUAACAAAGCUUCAUUCGAUGCCUUAGUUGAGGCGCUCAGUAGACAAGCCCCCGUAGAAGAGUGCGUUGCCGCUAUUGAGGCUGCUGCAAAGUGAGGACUCUUUGGAGAGAUGAUUACUGCCCGCUUGCGCUCUGGCGUCUCACGGGCUUAGCGAGGUGAGAAGGUAGCUACGGCUAGGUAUACGAGUUGUCAGGUUAUGAUCAGUUGCGUAGGGUGAGAAGGCGGUGCGCGAGGAGCGACACGAGGGCCGCCAGCUCAACUCGAUGCGGCAGGCUGUCACAACUACGUUUGACCUUAACAUUAAAUCGUAUCUCACUAAACAUGCUGUACGCAAAGUGAUUUGAGUCGCGGUGAUCAUGC